AGAGAGAGAGAGAUAGAGAGAGAGAGAGAGAGGGAGGGAGGAGGGAUGUCCCGCUCAGGACAGUUGUGAGGGAUCUGUCACGUCAGUGGCCCACUGUGUCAUAAAGCUGCGGUGAGACGACAUGGCUUCUCCGAGGCAUUUGGGUCGACCUUCUGUGGACAUUGCUAAUGUGAUGCAAAAACUGCAGGAUGAACAAGAGGCAGUGCAAAAGAGAACCUUCACAAAAUGGAUUAAUUCUCAUUUAGCAAAGCAUAAACCACCUCUUGAAGUUAACGACCUGUUUGAGGACAUCAAGGAUGGGGUGAAGCUCUUGGCUCUGUUGGAGGUGCUGUCGGGCCAGAGACUACCCUGUGAGCAGGGCCGCCAGCUGAAGAGGAUCCACUGGGUAUCCAACAUUGGGAAUGCACUCAAAUUCCUCGAAGGCAGAAAGUCUGUGUAUCGAGGAUCUCCGAUCAAACUUGUUAACAUUCAUGCCACUGACAUUGCAGACGGGCGGCCAUCAAUUGUUCUUGGGUUGAUAUGGACCAUAAUCCUUUACUUCCAGAUUGAGGAGUUAACUAGCAACCUGCCAGCUCUUCACGCUUUGUCUAAUAGCAACUCAUCUGUGGAGAGUAUUGCCAGCUCUGAAACUGGAAGCCCACCAAUGAAGAGGAAGGUGGUUAACAAAUUCCAGGGCAAUGCAAAGAAGGCCCUGUUGAGAUGGGUGCAGUGCACCGCUGCCAAGCACCAUGGUAUUGAAGUGAAAGACUUUGGUCCCAGCUGGCGCAGCGGUGUUGCGUUCCAGUCCGUGGUACAUGCCAUUAGACCAGACCUGGUGGACAUGGAGGCUGUGCAUAGGAGGAGCAACAGGGAGAAUUUGGAGGAGGCCUUUGCACUUGCAGAAAAAGAGCUUGGUAUUCCUCGCUUGCUGGAUCCAGAAGAUGUGGAUGUAGACAAACCAGAUGAGAAAUCCAUCAUGACUUAUGUGGCUCAGUUCCUCAAGCACUACCCAAACCCUCAUCAUGCUGAUACUGACGGACAGCAGGAUGAGAUGCUUUUUGGCUCAGUUCCAACUUUUGCACUGUCAGUCCCAGUGCUUCAGAGAGAGGAGAGGAAGAUGCUGAGGGAACUGAAGGUGUUUCUAGAUCAGCUGGAGAGAGAUGUGCUGCGGGCUCAGGGAGCAGAAGGAAAUCUCACUGACAAAUACCAGGCGUUCAAGAACUUCCGUGUACAUUACGAGAUGAAGAAAAAACAGACAGAUCCGCUGCUGCAGCCGGUCCAGAGGGAUGGCAAGCUUUCUGUGGACCAGGCUUUGGUCAAACAGUCCUGGGAUCGUGUGUCUGCCAGACUGUUGGACUGGCAUAUCCAUCUGGACAAAUCCCUGCCUGGCCCUCUAGGAGUGAUUGGUGCGUGGCUUCACAGGGCAGAGAUGGCUCUGAGAGAAGACAUUUCCAUCCAACAUGCUCAUGACGAGACUGCCAACAUUAUUCACAGAAAACUGGAGCAACAUCAGGAGGUACUAAAGAACUUGGAAUCACACAGGCAAACUUUCCAGCAGAUUCACAGAGACAGGUCAGUGAACGGGGUGCCUGUCCCACCUGAACAGCUCCAGGACAUGGCUGAACGGUUCAAUUUUGUAUCUGCAUCGUCUCAUGCUCAUAUGAUCAAAAUGGAAUUCUGGGAAAUGAAGUAUCGGUUGAUGGCUUUUCUUCUUUUGGCUGAAUCAAAGCUCAAGUCCUGGAUCAUUAAAUAUGGUCGACGGGACUCUGUUGAACUCCUGUUGCAAAGUUACAUUACUUUCAUCGAAGGCCACAGAUUCUUUGAGCAGUAUGAGAUAAUAUCCACAGCCCUCAAGCAAGCUGCAGAGGUUUAUGUAAAGUCUGAUAGCUCAAGAUCUAAUAUUUGUAAGAGAGUUGAUGAAGGAGAAGGUGUGAAUAAAUUUCUCAAUGAUGCAACCGCUCAGUGGAAGAACCUAUCGUUGGAGGUGCGGAGUGUCCGCAGUAUGCUGGAGGAGGUGAUUUCUAAUUGGGAGAAGUAUAGCAGCACAGUGACAGCUCUGCAGGCCUGGCUGGAAGAUGCAGAACAGAUGCUCAAUCAGUCAGAGAAUGCAAAACGUAAUUUUUUCAGAAACCUCUCUCACUGGAUCCAGCAGCACAUGGAUAUGAAUGAUGCUGGGAACUUCCUCAUUGAGACCUGUGACGAAACAGUCUCACGAGAUCUGAAACAACAGCUUCUUCUUCUGAAUGGGAGAUGGAGGGAGCUGUUUGUCAAAGUCAAACAUUAUGCAAGAGCAGAUGAAGUGGAUAAAUUGAGGCAAGAUUACCAAGAUGGGAUUAAUACCUUGAAAGUCUUCAUGGAAGCAACCAAUGAGAAGAUGACUGCUCCUGUUCAAGUAUCUUUUCUGAACGUCAGAGCAUUUGUUCAAGAUGUUGAGGAAAUCAAGCACAAAGUGCCAGCUAUGGAAGCUGCGUGUAAGGCGGCAAGCCGUACAGCUCAGCUGUUGACCAAAGACACUCUGCCAGAAGAGGUUUCACAGAUGAUGGCUGUGAUGGCUUCAAUCAAAGAGCAGCUGAGUAAGGUAAGGGAGAGGUCUUUGCCCCUCCUCAGAGAGUCUCAGUCUCUUCUGCCUCUUCUGGAAGAAAUGGAGAAGAACAUUACUGGCUUCUACCAGGCUCUAGAGAAGGCCAGUAAUAUCACCAACACCACAGACUCUGAGGGGCCUGUAGACUAUAAACAGAAGUGCCAGGAGCUUGCCACCUUCACACAUAGCUGUAAGAAGUGUCUGACGGUGAUAGAGAGAAACCAUCAGAGUAUUCAAAAGAUAAUGAAUAAUAGUAAGACUCUUCAGCACAUGGACAUGGGUCUACUACAGAAAAGAGUAGCAGAUCUUCAGGCCUCUUCACAGACCAUGAUUAAGGAAUCAACAGAGUGGCGUAAACAUAUGGAGGCAAACAGCAGUCUUAUGAAGAGGUUUGACGAGUCUCGAGUGGGGCUGGAGAAGGUUCUUAAGAUGGCCCAAAACUGUCUUACAGAGAAAGGCAACCCAGAGGAACUACUCAAGAAACACACUGAGUUUUUUGGGCAACUGGACCAGCGGGUGUUAAAUACAUUCCUGAAAGCGUGUGAUGAGCUGACAGAUAUUUUGCCUGAGCAGGAGCAACAAUCCUUACAAGAAACAGUGAGGAAGCUUCACAAACACUGGAAGGAUAUUCAGACUGAUGCACCAUUUCACUUGCUGCACCUGAAAGUAGAGGUAGAAAGGAGCAAGUUGAUGGUGUCUCUGCAGGAGUGCCAGGCAGAGGUGACCAGGGAGAACCGCCAUCUAUCCAGCAUCGGGAGUGAGAGGCUCAUUAAGGAGCACCGUGCCUUCUUCAGAGAAAAGGGACCUCAAUCCAUCUGUGAAAAGAGGCUCCAGUUGAUGGAAGAACUUUGUCAAAAACUGCCAGAGGGUGACUCUGCCCACCAGACUGUGGAUACAGCAAGGAAAGCUCUGUGUGAGGUUCACGAGGAGAUCGAGAGCACCCACCAGAAAUUAAUGCAGCAUCCUGAUAAAUGGAAGGAGUACAACUCGAGAUAUGCUGAACUAUCCUGUUGGCUUAUUUCUAAAGAAAGCCAACUGAGGCUAUUGAGAAACCGAGCCAAUGACCCCAGAAAGUAUGGGCAGGUGAAGACUACCAUCACGGAGUUGAGGAAUGACGCAGAGCUGCAGGAGGGGAGUCUUGGCUGGCUCAAAGCGCGUAUGGCUGUGCUGAUCGAAAUCUGUGCUGAUAGCGAUGCCCAGAGGCAAGGAAGUGCACUAAGAAAACUCUCAACUGAUUUUAAGGGUCUCCUUGCUUCUCUCUUAGAGGCUGAGAAAAUGGUGCUUGCUGUGGGCGAUUGUGUACAGUUCAGGGAAGAAGUACAAAGCACUUUAAAUGAUCUUGUUCAGGGACAGAAAGAUGCUCAGGCUGAGGCCACCAGAAUACUGGACUGUCAGACUGUUCGAGAAGCUCAGCAACUCUUUCUUGUACACCAGCAACUGCUAAAACGCCUAAAACUGAAGCGAAAGGAUGUCCAGCAGCUGAUCACCAGAGGCCAGCAGCUGCAGGCUGAAGAGGGUCUGGGAGAGACUCUGCAGCAGGAUCUUCAGGGUUUAGAGACCACCCUCACCAAAAUGGAACAGAGUAUGGAUUCACAGGAGCAAAGCCUUGAGGUCACACUGGCAGCCUGGCAAGAGUUUGAGAGCCAACAGGAAGCAGUGCAGGAGUUUGUUAACAAAGCCCAUUUAGCAAUGGAGAGAGACCUGAACUUCAGUAGUUUAGAAAGCCUGGCUGUUGAACUGGAUCAGGCCAAAGUGUUGUUGGAGCAGUGUGAAGCAGAGGGCUCCCACAUGAACACUUUGCUGAAGAGAGCAACGGAAAUUCAGCUUGGUCUGAAGAACAAGACUUUGCUUUUACAGCAAGCUCGCUCCCUUAGUGAGCAAGUGGAUAAAGUAGAGACUGACCUCAACAAAGAUGUCAAGACACUGGAAGAAAUGAAAACUCAGUGGGAUCAGUUUGGAAUGGGAUUUGAAGUCUUGUCCUUAUGGAUAGCUGACAAGGAAAAGCAGCUGGAUGUCCUGAAAUCUUCCACUUUGCCGCUUGAUCAGCAGAUCAAGGCAGUGAAGGCUGUAGAUGCUGAGCUUCAAGAGCGAGCUGAGGUUCUUUCUGGGCUGGAAGGAGAUUCCCAGGCUCUGGCCCAAUUUGUUUCUUCAGGGGAGGCAGCUCGCAUCAAGGCCCGUUUGACCCAAAUCGGCAGGUACUGGGAGGAGCUGAAGGAAAGCUUGCAGCAGCUUCAGAGACAACUGAACGAAAGCUCCUCUCACCAGCAGAAGUUUAAAAUGAACCUAGAAGAGGUGCAAACAGCUCUCAGUGAAAUCUACACAAGAUUAGAUCAACCACAAAUGUGUUGCAUUUCUUCCUCUGAGACCUACAGAGCUCUACAAAACCACAUGGAUGUCUCUCAGCAACUGGAACGACUGAAGGGAAACUUGCUGUCACUUUCGUCUGGUGCUCGAAGACUCAGUGACAAGGAGGAAGCAGAGAGGACUGUAACUGAGCUGCAGGCCAGCUAUGACCAAAAUGUGCAGGAGGCAAAGGACAAACAAAGCACCCUGGAGAACCUGCUUUCUCUGUGGCAAAAGUACGAGAAGCAGCGGUCAAAUUUUGUUUCAUGCUUGGAGAGGAGUGAGUCUGCAUCCAAACCAGAGACUCAUUGUCUGUCAGCAGAUAAAAUGAAGCUUCGCGGUGAGAUACAGGAUUUGCAGGCCUUGCACUGUGAGGUUCAGUCCCUUGAGGCUGCUCAUGCUGGAUUGAUGUCUCUGAGGUCAAUGCUGUGUCACAGUGCACCAGAAGAUACAGUGAGGCAACUUAAAGAUGAGCUGGACAUGUUACAGAGAAGGUUACAUGUUCAAAACAAAGUCCUUCCUCAAAGAAUACGAGAUCUUCAAAGCCACCUGUCCCUGCUGGAGCAGUUUGAUCAGGCGCUGCUGAAGUUCUCCCAGUGGAGUGAGACCAUGCUUUCAAAUCUGCACUCAAUUUCUCAAGUCAACAUUAGCAACUUGCAGUCUGCUGCCACAAAAAUCAAGGAGACCCAAGUGGCAUUACAGAAGCAGUCCAGUUUGAGACAGAGCUUGGAGCAGCAAACUGAGAAGCUGCGUCAGUGCUGUGAGUCCGGCGACAUACAGCUUCUCCAAAGCAGAGCAGACAGCUGUUUACAGCCUUACUUGGAGGCCCAACAAAUAACUGAGCUCCAGUUAGAGUGCCUGGAAAGACUUGAGGCUUUUAUGCAGACCCACGGUGUGGUUGCUGGGGUGUUGCAGGAUUUGAGACAGACUGUGGAGACCGCUGGGAGCUGGGACCGUGGAAGAGUAGAGGAGAUGCAGCAGGAGCUGGUCAGUAUUGUCCCAGACAUUAGCCACCUGGAGACACUGGCUGUCACUUUGGACAGCAGUCUCUGCAAAAGCCACCUGCAUAUUGGCACUGAUGAGGGGUCUCGUAAAUCGUGCCGCUUGUUGGCUGAUUCACUCACUGCCGAGCUGGAUGCAGUAAGGAACUUGCUUGGAACUAAACAGAAUGAAGCAGAGGCCCUAGGGGCUCUGUGGACCUCAUUUAGACAGCGGAAAGAACAACUCCUCAAAGCAGUGGAGGACAUUGAAGAAAAAGCCGACCACCAGAGUUUCAAAGAACCCAACCUACAUGCGCUACAGCAGAGGCUACGAUUCUUUAAUCAGCUGGAAGAUGAACUGCAGUCACACCAGCAUGAGGAGCAGUGGCUGAGGGACAAAGGCAAACAGCUGGCCCAGAAGGAUGCAGAGCUGGCAGGUGAAGUGUUGAGGGAAAUCAGCCUGCUGGACACCACAUGGGAGGACACCAAAAGGCUCAUCACAGAGAGACAGGAACAGUCCAAUGUUCUCGUUGAACUAAUGAGAGAAUACCAGAUUCUGAAAACCUCCAUCAGCAACACCAUUGAGAGUACCGAACCUAUACUUGGGAUAUGUUCUGUUCUGAAGGAUAAUGAAGAAACCAAGAGGUCAUUAAACAAGCAUGAAGCAAUAAAGGCAGAGAUGUCUGGCAAGCAACAUGACCUGGAUCAGUUUUCCACCAAAGGAAAACAGUUGGUGAUGGAGCUGAAAAAGAUCCCUGAGUGUGACUCUCAAAUAAUGAAAAAGGAUAUUGAUUUACUGGUUGAUCAGUGGCUAGAUGUCUCUGAGAAAAUAGAUGACAAUAUUGAUUGCCUGAACCAGAGCUUGGCAUUAUGGCAUGAUGUGCGUAAAAUCAGUGAGGACAUUGAGAGCUGGUCCAGCACUUCUGUGAUUGAACUAAACGACAGCCUGAACAACCUCAAUGACAGUCAGAAGGUGUCAGCAAGACUCUCCGUAAUUCAAGUGGCAAUAGGUGAAAAGGAGCAGAAAUUUAAAACCCUGCAGAGCAAAAUAUUCAAACUGACAAAAAAUAGUCAAAGUCAAGAAACUCCAUCGAGACUACAGAUGAUAGAGAAUGACCUGCGAAAGAAAAUCAGCACUGUGCAGCAGCUCUGUGAGCAAGCUUGUGCAAACCUCAGAGACUUCACCUCUCAACGGAAACAGCUAGAGGACUACAUCUCACAAAUGUCUGCAUGGCUAAAAAGCACAGAAGAUUCUUUGAUGUCUAUUCCUGUCGGUUCAGAUUCUGAGGACAUCUGCAGAGUGAAGGAUCUUCAGAAAGAACUGCAAAAUCAGCAGGGAAGUAUUGACUCUACUCGGGAAAGUCUCAACACAUUGUGCAGAAAAUACCCCUCUGAGGAGCUUGCGGGUUUAGGUUCUGCCUUCACUGAUCUGAUUAAGACUUAUGAGUCUGUCAACCAACUUUCAGCCAGGACGCUGUCAUCACUUCAGAACUAUCUUCAGCAGCAGUUCAAUGACCUUGUGCAGGAAUUCCACAGAUGGCUUUCAGAACAGAAAGAGAUAGUGAAAGAAUGCUCUGAUCGAUCUGGAGAUACCCAUAUUGUGGAACGCAAACUGCAGAAACUAAAGGGAGCCUUGGAACGUGUGGAGGAGGGUGAGGUGCGGCUAACUCAAGUCUGUGAGGAAGGGGAGAAGCUCCUCCUUCACCUUCCCAAAGCCAGUGCUGGCCAAGUCCAACAGCACCUUUCCUCCAUCCAGCAGGACUGGGACAGCUUUGUAGAGCAAUGCAGACAGAACCAACAGAUCCUUGAUGAUAGUGCAUCCCUGAUGAAAGGGUUUGAGAGUCGUCUAAAGAAGCUCCGAUGGUGGUUGGAGCAUAUGGAAAAGAGGAUGACCACAGAUUUGCUUGAGGUUCAGCAACGCGGACCAGAGAAGGCUGUGCUUGAACAAGUGGAGGAAUAUCAGCAAGAAGUGCUCAAAGAAAGGGAUUCAUUUGAGCGUCUGUGUCAGGAGGGCCAGGCGUUGAAUGAAGGUGGGCGAGGCGAUGGUAGUGAGACGACAGUAUCAGCUCAGCUGCAGUCACAGCACCAGGCUUUGCUGAGGCGAAUGAGAGAGAAACUGCAAAACUGCCAACUCACUUUGCAGGAGCAACAAGCCUUUGAAGAGACACUCCAGGCAACCUGGGUCUGGUUUAAUGGAAUUCAAGAGCGAUUGGCUUCACUCAACAGCACAGUUGGCAAUAAAGAGACCCUGGAAAAGAGGCUAGGUCUCAUACAGGAUAUACUCCUGAUGAAGGGUGAAGGAGAGGUGAAGCUCAACAUGACAGUAGGAAAAGGAGAACAAGUCCUGAAGCACAACAGUAUGGAAGGGCAGGAAGCCAUUUGUUCACAGCUACAGAGUCUGAAGGAUGCCUGGGCCAAUAUGUUGAUGACUUCUAUGAGUUGUCAUAGCCGUCUUGAGUGGACAGUGGCUCAGUGGACCAACUUCCAUGAAAGUAAGAUUCAGCUGCAGCAAUGGAUGGAAUCAGUUGAACAGGAGGUGGGGGUGACAUUGCCUCAGCAGCCAGGCUUGAAAGAGAAGUCCACUUUGCUGGAGCGCCUCAGGGCAAUUCAGGCUGAAGUGGAUGCCCAUGCAUCAGUGCUAUCACGCCUAAUUGACAAAGCUGUAGAAAUGCAUGAGAAAACCAGUGACCAGAACUUUGGACCAGAGUCAAGAGCAGAACUCAGUGCACACUUUGCUGAUAUCUCAGCAGUUGUCAAGGGCAAAGUGCAGUCCAUGCAAAACAUCGUUUCUGAGCAUGAGCAGUAUCAAGAUGCUGUGAGAGACUUCAAUGACUGGUUGAUUUCAGCGAAAGAGGAACUCCAGCGAUGGUCCGAUCUAUCAGGAGAUUCCAGCUCUGUUAAAAGAAAGCUUUCCAAAGUUCAGGAGCUGCUUGACUCCAAGCACAGAGGCAGAGAGAGACUGAACCGUGUUCAGAGAUGUGGAGCAGUGGCAAGAGAUCACACUGGCUCAGGUGGCUUUGAGGCUAUGGAGCGAGAAGAAGCAGCCCUGUUGUCAUCAUGGGAACAAUGGGAACGUGGAGCACUACAGACACGGGCUAGUUUGGAAACUGCACUUUCUCAGAUAGCCAGCUCUGAACAAGAGUUUAAUGGCCUGUCAGCACAGCUGGAUCAGGACAUGCAGGACUUCAACUGUCAGCUGCAGAACUGGAGUUUAAGAUUGGCUCAAGCAGAGGGAAAAUGUGAUGGAGAGGAGGCUGUAAAAGGCUGGCAAACAGCAAAGGACACUUUAGAGGAGCUUGUCAAAGCUGAGCCAAUGUCCGAAAGUCUGAAGACUCAACUCAAUGACCUGUGCCGUUUUUCCAAAGACAUGAGCACACAGUCUGAAAAAGUGUCAGCCCUCAUUAAAGAAUAUAACAGUUUGAGUCUUCAAGCUUCCAGGGAGUGCCAGAGCAAAGAGAAACUGUUGGAUCAAGCUUUCCGCUCAGCCUUUCGAGAGUUCCAGCAUUGGUUGGUCAAUGCCAAAAUCAACACGGCCAAAUGCUUUGACGUACCUCAAAAUCUCAACGAAGCUUCCUCUAGUUUGCAGAAGAUACAGGAGUUUCUAAGUGACAGAGAGCAAGGUCAGACAAAGCUGAAUGCUGUUGUUGUGAGCAGUGAACUGGUUACUAGUGUUGCAUCCAAAGACAAAGUCGAAGCUGUUCGAGUUAAAAUGAACACUGUCAGAGAGGACUGGAAAAAUAUGAUUUCUAACCUGCACAACAGAGAGACGGGUUUACAAAAUCUUCUGUCUCAGAUGAAGGACUUUGAAGCAAACGCUGAGCCUUUUCAGGACUGGCUGAAUGCUGCUGAGGUUGCAGUACAAGAGAGCAACACGCGACUUCAUGAUCUCACAGCCAAAAAACUGGAGCUUCAUAAGCUACAGUCUGUGCUGGAGGACUUAUAUGCUCGGGAGGUUCAGCUGAACAGGCUGAAAGAGAAGGCCCAGCAGCUAUGGGACGAACACGCGGCUGGCAAGGGUUUUGUGCACCGUGUCUCGCAGCUCUCUGCUCAGUACCUAGCUUUAACCAACCUGACAAAGGAGAAGACGUCACGAAUUGACCGAAUAGUCACUGAGCAUCAGCUGUUCUCCCAAGGCUUAAAGGAGCUACAGAACUGGGUUGCUGACACCAGCCACAUGCUGCAGACCUACUGCGCCCCCACAGCUGACAAAAAUGUCCUUGACAGCAGGAUGAUCAAGUUGGAGGCCUUGUUGACAGCUCGCCAAGAAAAGGAGAUACAGCUGAAGAUGCUGCUCACAAGAGGAGAGUCUGUUCAGAGAAACACUUCAGCUGAUGGAGUACCAACAGUCCAAAAACAAAUGCAGGACCUGAAGGAUUCUUGGGAUGCUCUUCUGUCAGCUUCUAUUCAGUGCAAAAGUCAGCUGGAGGGCUCUUUGUCUCAGUGGACCAGCUAUCAAGAGGAUGUGCAUCAGUUUGUGGCUUGGAUGGAGCGUGUGGAGGAGAGUCUUGACCUCACUGAUAAACAGUGUCCUGAGAUGAGAGAUAAAACUGCUAAUCUAAGCAAAGCCAAGUUACUAUUUGAGGAAGUGCUCAGUCACAACACCCUGCUUGACACCAUUUCUGCAAAAAGUGUCACUAUUACUGAGAACUACGUUACUCAGUUGGAGCUGCAAGAUCUACAAGAGCAUUAUAACACUAUUAAAGACAAUACCAUGAGGGCAGUUGGAAAAGCGGAGGAGCUGGUGAAAGCACACCUGGAGUACCAGCGGGGCCUCAAUGUGUUUGAAGACUGGCUGGAACAGGAGCAAGAGAAGCUUGGCUGCUACACUCAGCUGGAAGGUGAUGUGGAUAUGCUGGAAGAGACACUGCAAAAGCUACAGGAACUGCAGCUGCAUUGUACAGAGGGCCAGGCUUUGCUCAACACCCUGAUGGUUAGCCGAGACCUGGUCAUCCCCUGGGGGCUGCCUCAGAUAGAAGACAGAGCUCUAGAAAUGCAGCAACAGGAGUGGAGACUGUAUCAGGCCCGGCUGGUUGACACCCGGGCUCAGCUCAAUAGUGCUCUGGCUAAACUGCGGCAGAUGGAGCAGAAGUUCCAACGUCUUGACAGCUGGCUGAAGGGCAUGGAGACCAAAGCGCAUCUACGUAGUCAUCGGAGGUCUGACCGUGCAACUAAGGAUGCUCAACUCCAGUUGAUAAAGAGCUGGCAGGAGGAAGUGUUGGUUUAUCAGGAAGAAAUGGAAGGCCUCAGUCUUUUGGCUCAGCAGGUCCUAGAUGAGACCCAUAUUAGCAGUCGGAUCAGCGCCAGAGCCACCCAGAUUACAGCGCGCUACCACGCUCUCCUUCUACAUUUACUGGAAACUAUCAAACAGCUCCAGGAGGAAGUGUCUUGUAUCAAUGAUGCACAGUGUAUCUUCAGCACCUUUUCAGAUUGGCUCAGCACAGCUCAGAAUAAUUUCAGUACUGUGGCCAUAAGUGUUGACGUAGUGGACCGGGUUGCCAUGGAGAAAAAGAUGAAGAAACUGGAGACUCUUCAGUCAGACAUGGAGCACAGUCACACUUACCUCAAAGCACUGAGAGAGAAGACAGAGCUGGCUAUGGCGUACCUGGAGGAGCAUGAAGCUGAGCAGCUAAAGGAGGAGGUGGACACUCGACUUUCUCAAUUGGAGGAGCUGACGGCUGCUUUACGCACAGAGCACAGCUCCCUCGAGAAAUGUAUCUUGCUCUCAAAAGAUUUCAUGGAUAAAUAUAAGGCUCAGGCUCAGUGGGUAACUGAGACCAAGAGCCUUUUUUCAUCAGCUGUCGAACCUAAAGCCGAACUCUAUCAGAAGAAAGCGCAGUUAGCAAAGUACAAGACUAUCCACCAGUCAGUGCAGUCGCACGAGUCAGCGGUAAAAUCUGUUAUUGAGAAAGGAGAGGCCCUGCUCAACACCGUCCGUGACCCAGCCAUAAGUGAAAACAUGAAGAAGCUGCAGGCCGACUACCAAGAUCUCUGUUUGGCAGCUGAGACUCACGUUCAGAACUUUAUAGAGUGGGUGAAGGAGCAUGAGGAUUACAACAGUGACUUACAGGAAGUAGAGAAAUGGCUCUUACAGAUGUCCAGCAGGCUGGUCACCUCAGACUCUAUGCCGACCAGCAGCAUGGAGAUGGCAACUCAGCAACUCGCCCGACACAAGGCAAUCAUGGAAGAGAUUGCUGUUUUUGAGGAGCGUCUUACCAUCUUAAAGCAGAAAGGAGAAGCGCUUGUUACCAGCUGUACAGAACAAGCCCAAGCUAAAAUGAGCCAACAAGUCCAAGCUCAUCAACAGGGAACCAGAGAUAGUUACUCAGCUAUCUGCAGCACGGCCCAACGUGUGUACCAAAGUCUGGACCGGGAGCUGCAGAAACAUGUUAGCCAUCAGGACACUCUCCAGCAGUGCCAAGCCUGGCUGUCCACUGUGCAGGAGGAGCUCCAGCUCAACGAUCAGGGGCCUUAUGGGCUGCAAGAGGCACUGAAGCAGGUGAAGCACUACAGGGCUCUUCAGGAACAGGCCAGUACUUAUCUGGAAUUAGUGUGUUCUGUGUGCGACCUGUCUGAUGAUGUUGUGAGAGUGACGGCUGCUGAAGUCCAGCAAGUUAAACUCACGAUAGAGGAGCGGAUGUCGAGUGCACAGGAGUUAUCGGAGGGCUGGAGGGAUAUCAAAGAACAGAAGCAAGAUCUGGCCAGUCUGUUCCAGGAUAUGGAACAGCAGCUUCUCAGCCUCUCCAGAAGACCUGGAGAGCUGGAGACUAAGAUAGCUCAGAACAUGCUAUCACAAGCCAAGGAAUGCAGCCAACAACUGCAGUCAAAACAGAGUAUGCUGACCAAAAUUACAGAGACUGUGAGCAGACUGACAGGGGCCCAGGACUCUCAGGAACAUGCAGAGAUACACCGUCUAAACCAUUCUUGGCUUGAGCUCUGUCACCAAGCCAACAAGCUGCAGAGCCAGAGGGAGGAAGACCUGCAGAGGUCUAAAGACUACCAUGACUGUAUCAAUGCAGUGGAGGUGCUGUUUGAACAGGUGUCCAAGGAAUGGGACAGUCUGGCCAGGACGGAUGCUGAAAGUUCAUCUCAGCAUUUGGAGGCAUUAAGGAAACUUGCAGUAACUCUGGAAGUGCAAAAAGGUGUUCUUGAGGAUCUAAAAGACCAGAAACACAAAGUUAUCCAGCAUUUAAACUUGGAUGACAAGGAACUGGUGAAAGAGCAAAUCAGCCACUUUGAGCAGAGAUGGUUGCAGAUGCAAAACCUAAUUGAGAAAAAAAUCCAGGACUCUAUGCUAACCCUGGAAGAAAUGAGCCAAGUAGAGGCCCGUUUGAGAGAAGCUCGCGACUGGGCAGAGGAACAACAGCCAGCUCUUUCUGAGGCAAUGAAAAUGAGUCCUCCUCCAGAACUGGCUCAAAGUUUCCUCUUUGAUCAUCUGACCAUCUGCAGUGAGUUGGAGGCCAAGCAGCUCCUGCUGGGUCAGGCUGUGGCCGAUGCUGACAGGGUCCUGGCUCGCCUAGGGCUGAGCGAACGCCAGUGUCUGCAGCAGAUGAUUACUGAUACCCACUCUGAGGUGGAAUCACUGAGUGUGAAGGUGGUGCAGCGCAGAAAGCACCUCAGCAAGGCCUUUACAGAGAGGACACAGUUCCUCAUGGCUGUGAGCCAGUCCAUUUCCUGGGUCCAGCAGAAUGAGAAGAAGGCCCAGGCAGAAGAGUAUGUUGCUUUGUUACCUGAUGAUCUAGCAAAACAAGUUAGAACUUGUAGGAACAUCCAAAGUAGUCUGAAAGCUUAUCAGAGUGAGCUGACCUCCUUGUGGUCUCAGGGAAGAGAUCUGAUGAGAGAUGCCAGUGACGAUGAAAGAAAUGAGAUACUCACAAAGUUGCAGGAUUUGCAGAACAUCUUCGAUAAAACUCUACAUAGAUGUGGUCAGAAACUACAGGAGUUUGAAAAAGUACUAGUGUCUAGAAAGUAUUUCAAGACUGACCUAGAGAAAAUAUGCCAGUGGUUAAAACAAGCUGAUAUAAUUACCUUUCCCGAAAUAAAUCUAAUGGUUGGAGAUGCUGAAUUAGAAGCACAGAUGCUAAAGUAUCAACUAAUUGUCGAGCAGGCAAUCGAAUAUGAGAACCUCCUCUUAAUUGUACAAAGAGCCGGUCAAGAAAUAUUACCCACACUGAAUGAAGUAGAUCACUGCUACUUGGAUGAAAAACUAAACAGUCUUCCACAGCAGUAUAAUAGCAUUUUAGCACUGGCCAAAGAAAAACAGGAAAAAAUUCAGCAAGCCAUUCUGACGAGGAAUGAGUACACGUCCUUCAUUGAUGUCUCUCACAAAGCAUUGAAGGAGCUUGAGGAACAAUUCAAUAAUCUUGGUACGCAGCCCGUAGGCAUGCACACACAAGAAGUUCUCAGUCUGCAGAGUGAUUACAAAACAAUCCAGGUGGAUCUGAGCACCCUGGGUUUAGCUGUGAGUGAAUUGAACCAGAAGAAAGAAGGUUUUCGUAGCACUGGCCAACCAUGGCGCCCAGAGGAAAUGACGCAGCUUGUAAGUCUGUAUAACGGCUUAAAGAGAUUGGUGGAACAGAAAGUUGAGCAUCUAGAUGAAACCUUGGAGUCUUUUGAGGAUCACAAGGCAAUGGCUAUGCAAGUAGACUCUCAGCUAAAGGCCACAAAAGAGCAGUUGGUAAAGGUUAAUGCAGAGACACAAUCAGCUGAGGAGAGCGAAGACUACCACGCUCUUGCUGGGAGUCUCCAGAGUGCCAACUCACACUUGUCAAGGCUUAUGGAGCAGAUGGAUACUCUUGCCCCCCGUGUAGACCAGGCAGCCCAUGACGCCUCCAAGGAGCAAGUGGUUCUGUGGCAAAAUGAGCUGCAGUCAUUGCAGGCUGCUGUAGGGGAACUGAUUGAAGAGUGUGAGAACAGGUUUAUCCAGAGUAAGGAUUUUGAGACAGAGAUGAGAAGAACUUUGGACUGGCUGCAGCAGAUUAGGGACGAGCUUGACUGUGCAGUGAUCGUAGAUGUGAGAGUGGAGAAGGUGCAGGAGGAAAUCAGGAAGCAGCAAAUCAUGCAGGAGGAAGUCCAAUCAAGACUGAGAAUUGUGGCUGCGCUCAGUAGCAGAGAAAAGCAGAAGUACAUCAGCGCCAAUGAGCUCGUCCCAGCUCAUGUAGAUACAAGUUUGGAAGAAAUGGCAAAGCUGCAAGCUGAUGUUCAGAAAGCACUGAGCUCCAAACAGAUUACACUGGAUGAAGCUUUGGUGUUGUGCCAAAAGUACCACUUCAGGAUGCAAUCAGCCUGUGAAUGGCUGGAGGAUGCUGUCUCCUUCUUGCAACAAGCUAGCUUGGGUGUGGAUGUAGAGAACUAUGAGGAAUGUCUCCGGCAGCAAGAGGAUGUCAUGGUCACAGAGCAAGAGUUCCUCCUUCACUUGGAGGAGCUGCAGGUUCUGCUGCCACAGUUGGAGAGUCUGGUCAACCCUACAGCAAAAGAACAGCUCCGAGUGAGCGUGGAAUCUGCAAGACAGCGAGGGGUGGAAGUCCGAGAUCAGCUCCAGUGCCACCAAGAAGUCCUACACAACUGUGUGGCUCAGUGGAAAUCAUAUCAGGAGGCAAGGCAGACUGUCAUUGAGCUAAUGAAUGAGGCUGAAACAAAGUUGACUGAGUUUUCUACUGCAAAGGCUGCCACAAGCCAGGAAGCUGAAGAUAAACUAUGCACUCAUCGGUCCCUUGUUUCAUUAGUAAAUGGUUUCCAAGAGAAGCUGAGUGAUUUAGAAGAACGAGCUGCCCAGCUGGAGCUGGUUGGGAGCGAUGCCAGCAAGGCUACCAUCAGCCGCUCCAUGACCACGGUGUGGCAGCGGUGGACGCGGCUCCGCAGUGUGGCACGAGGACAAGAGAGAGUGCUAGAGGAUACAGCACAGGAAUGGAGGACUUUCAGAGAGAAGAUGGUGAAAAUGAUGGCAGUCUCUGAUGAGCUACAGAGUCGUGUUCCCGACAGUGCAGUAGAAAAGGCCUCCAAAGCCACCCUGCAGUCUCUGUUGGACCAGCAUGACUUACUGAGCCAAGAUUUGGAGAGGGAGCUCUCAUCCCUCACAUUGCUACGUCAGUAUGCCCUCAGCCUUCUGCAUGAUGUGGAAGUGCCUUCACCAACAAACAACCAGGAUGAGCUACCAAGCCUGAAGGAGAUCCGAGCUGUGCAAGACCAAAUGGAAAGCCUCCUGACACAGUCCAGGACCAAACGGGCUCAGGCAGCUCAAGAACUGAGAGAGAGAGAGUUGGUGGAGAAAGAACUUAGCGUUGUAAAAGCCUGGAUCCAGGAGACCAGAGAACUGCUUCUUAAUCCCACACCAGACAUUUAUUCUUUGCUGCAAGAGCUCGAGGUUGUACAUGGAGAUGUGAUUACUUACCGUCAGAAUGUGGAUAAAUUAGCAGAGCAGCAACAGAGCAAGUACUUGGACCUCUACACCAUCCUGCCCUCUGAAAUCUCCAUGCAGUUAGCCGAGGUCUCACUUGCACUGGGUGCUAUUGAGGAUCAGGUUCUUUCCAAAGAGAGAGAAAUUCAGAAAACCAGAGACAUAAAGGAGAACUUCAGCUCUAGAAUUCAUGAAUUAUCAGAGAAACUCAAAGGUAUCUCUGCUAAAUUCAAGGAUAAAUCCCCAGACGUUGAUCAUGCUAAAGAGGAGGUCAAGAGCCUGGCUGAAGACUUGGACUCUUGUGGCUUCACUCUUACAGAACUGGACGCUGCUGUCCAAGAGUUUGGCCGCAGGAAUCCCCUGCUGGCCAAACAGCUCAGUGAUACCAUCAGCAAACUAUCAGAGAUGCAUCAUCAUACAACACGACUAGCAGACUGUCGUAACAACUGGCUCAAAAAGGCUGUAUGCUAUUUAGACGAGUACAAUGAGAUGCUGGACUUCAUUGUGAGGUGGUCAGAGAAAGCCAAAAGUUUGGUGAGGGCAAACAUUAUUUGGAACUCCUCUGCACAUCUGCAGGAGCAGAUACGGAUGUACCAAGCUGUGCUGCGUGAGUCGCGGGAGCUCCAUGGAGAUCUAGAAUCUAUGGCAGAGAAAGUGGAGCUUCUGUCGGAGGUGCUGCAGGUGGAGCCUAUGAGCCAGCAGCUGUGCGAACUCAGUCGACACACUGAGGAGCUUCAGCAAAGUAUCAAGAUACGACUGCACAACUUAGAGGAUGCAGAUAAGAGUAUGGAAGCACUGGAGUAUGAAGUAAAGACUCUACACGUAGCUCUGGAACAAGUCCAAGCCACGCUGACCUCACCAGAGUUGGCACGUCAGAGCCUUAAGGAACAGCUGACUCAGAGACAGCGUCUGCUGGCAGAUAUGGAGAGCUUCAAGCAGCAAGUGCAGGCUGUGCAGCUGUGUCAGAGCGCUCUGCAGGUCCCAGAGGAGGUGAUGCCGAACCUUGCCAUCUGUCGAACCGCUCUACGUCUCCAGCAAGAAGCCAGUCAUUUGCAACAUGUGGCCAUUCAGCAGUGCAACAUUCUGCAGGAGGCAGUGGUGCAGUAUGAGCAAUAUGAACAGGACGUGAGAGACCUCCAGGGGCUGAUAGAGGAAGCACACCGUGUCAUCCAGGAUCGACCGAUCCCCACAAGCAACAUCCAGGAGCUUCAGGCUCAGAUCCUUCACCAUGAAGAACUGGCCCUGAAGAUUAAAGGUUACCAGGAGCAGAUUGCCUCACUGAACUCCAAAUGUAAGAUGCUGGCAGUAAAGGCCAAGCAUGCCACCAUGCUACUGACAGUGAGUGAUGUGGAAGGACUGCCUGAGGGGCUGCAAGAGACUGAUGGGGAGAAAUCCAAAAAAUCCUCAGCUCAAGCUGUCAUGAUGACUGCAGGUCGCUGUCACACCCUCCUGUCUCCUGUUACUGAGGAGUCUGGAGAGGACGGAACUAACAGUGAAGUCUCUUCACCUCCUGUCUGUCGCUCUCCUUCUCCUGUCACUCAUACUGAAUCCUCUAUAACCAAGAUGGCACAAGGUACACUCACAAGAGCUCCUAUCCAAGAAUUAUACGACCCAACAUUUGAGUCUGUGGCUAACUUAGAUGAUCUGCAGCGCUCAUGGGAGACAUUAAAGAAUGUGAUCAGUGAGAAGCAGAGAUCUCUCUAUGAAGCUCUGGAAAAGCAGCAGCAUUACCAGAGUUCUCUGCAGUCCGUCACAUCUAAAAUGGAAUCCCUUGAGGCCAAACUCAGUGAGCCUGUGGGGUCAGAUAAAAGCCCAGAUAGUCACAUGAAGGCCCAUGAGGAUGUGAUACAAGAGAUUCAGAGUGCACAGAAAGAAAUGAGGCUUCAGUCCAGGUUCACUGAAGAGCUGACCUCCGAUACUGUGGAGUCAGACAUGGCUGACCAGCUGGUGCAGUCCUCUCUUGCAGUAUUAGCUGAGAGGAUGGCCACCAUCCACAUGAAGGCUUCAGGAAAACAACAGCUCUUGGAGGAGUGUGUCAGUGACCGUCUGGAGGGUCGCCGCCAGGAACAGGCCAUACUCCUCUAUCACACCCAGGCAGAAGAGCUGGAAAAAUGGUUGGUCAGUGCAACCAGUGCUGUCACUUCCAUCCUAGAACCUGAACCUCUGGAAGAGCCAGAUGUGGAGCGUCAGCUUAUGGAAUGUCAGAACAUGCUGCUGGAAAUUGAGGAUAAGGUGCUGGCCUUGUCAGAGCUGUCCAUGCACAAUGAGAACUUACUUCUUGAGGGCCGGAUAGAAACCAGAGUGGAAGCUGAGGAGUUGGCCAGGAAGUUGCACACACUGAAGACUAGCCUGUUGGAACUACAGAGGAUGCUGCAACAGAAGCAGACUAAUAUUCAGAGCUCUCUGCAGGAGCAGGAGGACAGUGAGUCCGACUCCAGUCUCUCUCGGAGUCCCAGCAUACAGGACUGGCUUGCACAGGCCCGAACAACACGUAGCCAACAGCAUCAAGACAGUCUUCAGAGACAGAGGGAACUAGAGGAGCAGCUUGCUGAGCAGAAAAAACUGCUCCAGUCAGUAGCCAGCAGAGGAGAGGAGAUCCUCAUCCAGCAGGCCUCACCGAGCAGUGCCACUACGAUGCAGUCAUUUUCAGCAGCAGCUUUGGUUGAGAGGGAAGCUCAGGCUUCACGGGAGAACAUGAGGCAGAGAUGGGAGAAUUUAAGAUUAGAGCUUAAAUCUAAACUACAGCUCCUUCAGAAAACACUGGAGCAAGAGCACAAGCAGCCGGUUUACCCCAGACCAUCUCAUUUGACCCCAGCUGGGUCACUGUUUAAAGGAGAAACCCAGGCAGACAAGUCCUCACUGGAGACUCUUUAUGAUAGCUUCCGACAAACAGCAGAGGACAUGGCCACUCAGCCUGGAAGCAGUACAAAGCCGGUGGCACAGCUGGAACAGCAGCUCUACACAGCUGUGUCGUCCACCUCCACCUGGUUGGACGGGGUGGAGAACAGCCUCUUCUCUGGCUCAGUCCUUCUGACUGAAACCACAGAGAACCAGCUACAAAAGCAAGAGCAGACCUUGGAGAAGGAUGUGAGGCAUGUGACCGAGGAGGUGAAGCUCAGCAGGGCCCUGCUAGCUGAAUCUCCAGUGCUGAGGCAAGAUGACCGGGCAUUGUUCGAGGACAAUCUUAACUGCCUGAAAGAGAGAUUAGGAGUGCUAGGCUGUGCUUUGGAGCAACGCAGUGACCACAUGAGGACCAGGGCACAUGAACUCGCAACCUAUCAGACAGAGUUGCAGCUUCUCCAAACUGCUUUAAUUGAGACCAAAUGUGAGGUCUUGCAGACAUUAGCUGGAGCCAUGGACAGACCAGCAUCAAAACAGUUGGAGGUCAUUGUUGUUGCUGAGGACAGCCUGAAAGACUUUGAACAGAAGCUCACAGAGCUGAAAACCAGAGGAGCAGCACUGCAGACAGAUGAGAUAUCAACAAACAAGCUACUGAAACUACAAGAUUCCUAUGAGGAGCUGGUGAUGAUAGUGGCUUCUCGCCGCAGUGGGCUGAACAAGAACAUGGCUCAAAAGGAGCAGUACGAGCAGGCUCUGCAGGAUCUGACUGACCUGGUGGACACAGCUAAAGACAAGAUGACUGCUGAUCAAAGGAUUGUUGCCAGCUCUGUGGAGGAAGUUCAGAAUCACCUGGACAAACACAAGGAGUUCUUCCAGGGUCUUGAGUCCCACAUGAUUCUAACAGAGACAUACUUCAGGAAAAUCAUUGGCCAGGUGCUUCCAAAAGAGAAUCAGACCCUGGAGGAGACACUGGCUCAGGCUCAGAGAGUCCUAAAAGAGGCACACAGUAAAGGGGUUGAGCUGGAGGGUAUCCUGGAGACGUGGGCCCACUUGGUGCAGGAUUACCAACAUUUAAACACACAGUUGGAGACAGUGGAAGGAAGUAUCCCAAGUGCUGGUCUGGUAGAAGAGACAGAGGAAAGCCUCACAGACAGGAUCUCAUUGUAUCAGGGUCUGAAGGGGAUUCUGACAGAGCACCAACACAAGCUGUACCAGGUGCUGGAGGAAGGGAAGCAUCUGUUGUUGUCAGUCUGUUGUCCUACUCUGGAGAAUCAGCUGAGUCUGCUGGGAGAACACUGGCUCAGCAAUACCACCAAGGUCAACAAGGAACUACAGCGAUUGGAGGCCAUCCUCAAACACUGGACCAGGUAUCAGGGGGAGUAUGCAGAGCUAAGUGAUUGGCUACACUCUGCUCUGGAACGUCUGGAGUUUUGGAACACACAGGUGGUAUUAGUCCCCCAGGAACUGGAAACUGUUCGAGAUCAUCUCUCUGCAUUUCUUGAUUUUUCUAAGGAAGUUGAAAGCAAGUCCAGUCUGAAGAGCUCAGUGGUAACCGACGGCAACCAGCUGCUGCGACUAAAGAAAGUAGACACGAUUAUGCUGCGGACUGAUUUGGCGCACAUUGACACUCAGUGGAGUGAACUGCUGACACGCAUCCCAGCGGUCCAGGAGAAACUGCAUCAGAUACAGAUGGAGAAGUUGGCCUCCCGGCAUGCCAUCUCUGAGCUGUUUAACUGGAUUUCACUGAUGGAGAAUAUCGUUGAGGAGGAUGAGGAAAAUCUCAAGAGUGCAGUCGGGUCAAAUGUGAUUCAGGACUACUUGCAAAAGUACAAGGGUUUCAAAGUUGAUUUAAGCUGUAAACAGCUGACUGUGGACUUUGUUAACCAGUCAGUGGUGCAAAUCAGUGGACAGGACAUGGAGAGCAAGCGCAGUGAUAGGACAGACUUUGCUGAGCGCCUUGGAACCAUGAACCGGCGAUGGCAGAUCCUACAAGGUUGCAUCAGUGAGAGGAGUCAGUUCUUGGAGAGCCUGUUGGAGAUGUGGCUGGAGUAUGAGAGCAGCAUUCAGGCACUGAAGUCGUGGAUGACAACUCAAGAAGAAAGGAUCAAAAGGAAGCACAGAAUAGAGGAUUUGACAUCUGUGCAGAAUGCGCUCAAGGACUGCCAGGAAAUGGAGGAGAUGGUGAAAGAAAAAGAGAGAGAUUUAGAGAAGGUGGAGGAGCAGGGCUGUGCUCUCGUCCAGAACAAGACUGAUGAGGCCUGUGCUAUUGUCAUGGAGACACUCCAGGGUGUCAAUCACACUUGGGCUAACCUGGACCACUUGAUUGGACAGCUGAAAAUCAGCCUGAAGUCAGUGUUGGAUCAGUGGAGUCUUUACAAACGCGCUUCUGAAGAGAUCAACGGCUACCUCAUGGAGGGAAGGUAUUCUGUGUCUCGCUUUCGCCCCCUGACAGGCUCUCUGGAGGGUGUCCAGCUGCAAGUGCAGAGUCUCCAGGAUUUGCAAGAGGAUCUGGAAAAACAGGAGAACAGUUUGAGAAAAUUUGGUGCAAUCACACACCAAUUGCUGAAGGAAUGCCACCCUUCAGUGUCAGACUCCCUCAAUAAUACCCUCAAGGACACCAAUGCAAGAUGGACUGGUUUAAUGGAGGAAAUUGCAGAGCGCCUGAGGAGUAGCAAAGCACUGCUGCAGCUGUGGCAGCGCUACAAGGAACUCUAUGAGCAGAGUUGCAGCAGCAUCCAAGUGCAUGAGGAAAAGGCAAACCAGCUCCUCAAGACUGCCUGCAAAAAGGACAUUGCUGAAGAGGAGGUGUCCAGCUGGAUUCAAGAAAGCAGUGAGGCGCUUCGGUCACAGGCUCCAGUGCAAGCUUCGCUACAGGUUCUUCAACAACUGGGAGAGCAGCUGAAACAGCAGGUGGACAUGUCAGCAGGAUCAGCCAUCUACUCAGAUCACCUUUCUCUGAGCCAGCGUUUGGCUGCUGUAGAACAGGCCCUUCGCAGACAGCUCACUACACUGCAGACUGGAGUUCGUGAUUAUGAAGCUUUUAAUGAUCAGCUGGAAUCAUUGGGGUGUUGGAUAGCUGAAGCUGAGGAAGCUCUGAUGGUGCAAGAUCCCAAUAGCUCCACUGAUCUCACAGUCAUUCAGGACCGCAUGGAUGAUCUCAAGAGACUCAUGCUGAAGUUCAGCAGUAUGACGCCUGAGUUGGAGCAUCUCAAUGAACUUGGGUACCGACUCCCUCUCAAUGACUCAGAGAUCAAGCGUAUGCAGAACCUCAACAGGAGCUGGUCAGCAGCCUCGGCGCAGACCACAGAAAGGUUCAGCAAACUUCAGUCCUUUCUGCUACAGCAGCAGACCUUCCUGGAAAAGUGUGAAACAUGGAUGGAGUUUCUGGUGCAGACAGAAGAAAAUCUGGCAGUGGAAAUCUCUGGCAACUUUCACAGUUUGAUGGAGCAGCAAAAAGCUCAUGAGUUGUUCCAAGCUGAGAUGUUCAGUCGCCAGCAGAUUCUCCACUCUAUCAUCAGUGAUGGACAGAGGAUGUUAGAGCAGGGUCAGGUAGAUGACAGAGAUGAGUUCAACAUGAAGUUAGCCCUGCUCAGUAACCAAUGGCAGGGUGUGGUGCGGCGUGCCCAGCAGAGACGCGGCAUCAUUGACGGUCUGAUCCGUCAGUGGCAGCGCUACAGAGAAAUGCUCGAAAAGCUGCACAAAUGGCUUGUGGAGAUCUCCCACCCAACAGAAGCUGUUCUGGCAGGGACGACAGUACCUCUGCAACAAGCCCGCUCCAUGCUGGAGGCUGUCCAGCUAAAGGAAAAAGUGCUACAACGCCAGCAAGGCAGCUACAUUGUGACAGUGGAGGCUGGCAGACAUCUGCUUCUGUCCGCUGAUAGCCGAGCAGAGGCGGCGCUGCAGGAAGAACUUACUGACAUCCAGCAGCGCUGGAAACAUGCCAGCACCCAUCUAGAUGAGCAUAAGAAACAGCUUACCACUUUACUAAAGGACUGGGAAAGGUGUGACAGGGGUAUUGGUGGAUCACUGGAAAAACUACGGGCCUUCAAACGACAGCUCUCUCAGCCACUUCCUGAUCACCAUGACAGUCUUCAAGCUGAACAAAUGCGCUGCAAGGACUUGGAGAACACAUUUGAUGGCUGGUCUGGGGAUCUAGCCCAUCUGACUGUGUUGAGAGAGUCUCUGUCCUGCUUCAUCAGCCCCGAGGACCUCUCAGUGCUGCAGGAGCGCACGGAGCUGCUGCAUCGACAGUGGGAUGAAAUCUGCCACCAGCUGUCAUUACGCCGGCAGCAGGUGAGCGACAAACUGAAUGAGUGGACUGUAUUCAACGAGAAGUACAAGGAGCUCUGCGAGUGGCUCACGAACAUGGAAAGCAAGGUCUCCCAAAACGGUGACAUCAGCAUUGAGGAGAUGAUCGAGAAGUUACGCAAGGACUACCAGGAGGAGAUCGCUGUCACUGAGGAGAACAAGCUGCAGCUUCACCAGCUGGGAGAGCGUUUGGCCAGGGCCAGUCACCAGAGCAAAGCCAGCGAGAUUGAACAAAAACUUGGCAAAGUCAGCGACCGCUGGCAGCACCUCCUGGAUCUCAUUGGAGCCAGAGUGAAAAAGCUGAGAGAGACUCUUGUGGCCGUGCAGCAGUUAGAUAAGAAUAUGAACAGCCUUCGUUCCUGGCUGGCUCAUAUUGAGACUGAACUGUUGAAACCCAUUGCAUACGACAACUGUGACUUCCAGGAGAUCCAAAGAAAACUUGAUCUGCAACAGGAGCUUCAGCGUGACAUAGAAACGCACAGUACAGGAGUGGCAUCUGUGCUGAAUUUAUGUGAGGUGCUUCUACACGACUGUGACGCCUGUGCCACUGAUGCAGAGUGUGACUCCAUCCAGCAGGCAACUCGUAGCCUUGACCGCCGCUGGAGGAGCAUCUGUGCCUUGUCAAUGGAGAGGAGACUCAAGAUUGAGGAGACAUGGCGUUUGUGGCAGAAAUUCUUAGAUGACAUUGCACAAUUUGAGGAGUGGCUGGCGACUUCAGAGAAAACUGCCGCUCUGCCCAACUCUUCUGGAGUGCUGUACACGGUAGCCAAAGAGGAACUUAAGAAAUUUGAGGCCUUCCAAAGACAAGUCCACGAAAGCCUGACCCAGCUAGAGUUAAUCAACAAGCAAUACCGCCGACUGGCCAGAGAAAACCGCACUGACUCAUCCUGUCGUCUGAGGGAGAUGGCACAAAAUGCCAAUCAGCGAUGGGAUAACCUGCAGAAGAGGGUGGCAUCCAUCCUCCGCAGACUCAAGCACUUUAUUAGUCAGAGAGAGGAGUUUGAGACAGCCAGAGAUGGCAUCUUGGUGUGGCUGACGGAGAUGGACCUGCAGCUGACCAAUAUCGAACACUUCUCUGAGUGUGACAUUCACGCCAAAAUUAAACAACUCAGGUCAUUCCAGCAGGAGAUCUCUUUGACUUCCACCAAGAUCGAGCACAUCUUCCAGCAGGGUGAGGCUCUGAUAGAGAAGAGCGAGCCUCUGGAUGCUACUGUCAUCGAGGAGGAGCUGGAAGAACUUCAGCGCUACUGUCAGGAGGUGUUUGGACGAGUGGAACGCUACUACAAAAAGCUCAUUCGUCUUCCUCUUGCAGAUGAUGACACUGAAGUGUCAUUCUCGGACCGUGAGCUGGAGUUGGAUGAACCUGGUGAUUUGUCCAGCCUUCCAUGGAGUGAGCGUUUGGGAGAUGGCUUCCUCUCGCCUCUGCCCUCUUCCAGCCGCUCAGCCUCCCUGGCAGCCCAGCUCCGGAAUGAGCGCUCAGGCAGGGACACCCCAGCCAGCGUGGAUUCUAUUCCCCUGGAGUGGGACCAUGACUACGACCUCAGCCGUGGUCUGGAGAGUGCCAGCAGGGCACUGAGGGAACAGCAGAGUGAGGAAGGAGACUUAAUCCAGCACCCUUCCUCAGCUUUGUCAGAUGUAGUGAUCCCUGAGAGCCCUGAAGCCUAUGUUAAACUUACAGAACAAUCACUGAUGUCCGCCACAGGGGAGGUUCCGUCUACGGACUCAAAUAUUCACACUCUGGACUCCAGCCAUUUCCACUUGUAUCAGAUGGCCAGUAGCCGCAGCCGCACUCCCACAAGCACAGAGUUGGAUACCACGUACAUGGGAUAUAUGCGCCUGCUUGGUGAGUGCCGUGGCAGCAUUGACACAGUAAAGAGGAUGGGCUUUGAGCUGAAGGAGGAUGAGGACACGGUUUCUGGAUUGGCAGAUCCCAGCAGCUCAGAGUCCCAAGCAUCAGGAGUGAUUGAGCGUUGGGAACUCCUGCAGGCUCAGGACCUCAGCAAAGAGUUGCGUACAAAACAAAACCAACAGCAGUGGCAGCAGCUGAACUCUGACCUGAACAAUAUUUGGGCUUGGAUAGGACAGACUGAAGAAGAGCUGGAGCAGCAGCAGAGGCUGGACCUCAGCACGGACAUCCAGGCAAUUGAACUGCGAAUCAAAAAACUCAAGGAGCUGCAGAAAGCUUUGGACAAGCGAAAGGCCAUUGUGCUGUCAGUCAACUUAUGCAGUGCUGAGUUUGUUCAGUCAGAUAGCGACGAGUCCCGAGAGCUACAGGCCAAACUGAAAGACAUGAACAACCACUGGGACAAACUAAACAGCUCGUUGGAUGAGUGGAGAUCCUCAUUGCAAGAAGCCCUCAUGCAGUGUCAAGACUUCCAUGAGAUGAGUCACGGUCUGCUGCUUUGGUUGGAAAAUAUUGACCGGAGGAGGAAUGAGGUGGUCCCCAUUGACCAGAUGCAGGACAGCAACACUCUCCAAGAUCAUCAUAAAAUCCUCACGCAAAUCCGCCAAGAGCUGUUAGAUUCCCAGCUAAAAGUUGCUUCACUACAAGACAUGUCCCUCCAGUUGUUGGUCAAUUCUCAGGGCAGUGAGUGUCUGGAAGCUAAGGAGAAAGUUCAUGUUAUUGGGAAUCGCCUCAAACUGCUGCUGAAGGAAGUGACCAGAGACCUCAGAGAACUGGCAAAGAUUCUGGACAUCAGCAGCAGUCAGCAGGAUUUGUCUUCUUGGUCAUCUGCUGAUGAACUUGAUACGUCUGGUUCCCUUAGUCCCGUAUCAGGAAGAAGCACCCCAAGUCGCCGUCGAUCGCAACGGGGCAAAUGUAGUCUGUCACACCCUGGACCCUCUGUGAGCAGUCCACACCACAGGUCUCACAGCGACGCUGGAUCCGCUUCCUUCCAUUCUGAGCUGGACAUGUACCCAGUCAGAAGGUCGUCGUUUCUGCGCCGCGUCCUCUGGGCGGCAUUGCCUCUCCAGCUCAUCAUGCUGCUGCUGCUGGUGUUUGCCUUCCUGCUGCCGAUGUCUGAGGAGGACUACUGUGCUCAGACCAACACCUUUGCUCACUCCUUCUACCCAAUGCUCAGCUACACCAACGGACCGCCUCCAGUGUAAGAUGUGGGCUCAGCUGGACUGUGGUGCACUGGCACCAAAAUGAGAUGAAUUUCAAUCAGAUCAGGUCCAUCUUUAUGAUGCUGGAAGCGAAAACUGACGUUGGUCAUCCAUUUAUAGUGCAGAACUACAGCUGCCAUCCACAGUUAAAUGUUAGCACAUAAACAUCUCACUGUUUUAGUCUUUAAUGCUGUCAUUUUCAAAACAUCUUUGGUGUAACAAGCUGUUUUUGGCAGCACUGGACUGAUGCUGGAUGAAUCAUCUCUGUGCUGUGUACGUUAUGUUUCCAUGCACACAGCUGGCAGUAGAUUGCGCCAAAGCUAAGAUAUCAAGUAUGCCCUGUGAAGUUGCUUAACUCAAAUUUGUAAUGAUAACAUUUAAUAUAUCUUCCAUGGCAAUUAUUUUUUUACCUGUAUUUUGGCAUGCAGUUUAAUCUUUGCUUUUCUUGACAUAGAUCCUCUAUCAUGUCUGUGGUGAACAGUUUUUAACUUGAAUUAUGUUGAUUUGUGUAGGAUUCAGGCCAAGAUUUCUGUUUAACAUCAAAGUCAGCAAGAGUGUAACAUCUCUGGUCUUUUUACAUUGUCAUUUUAUUUUUUAAGAAUAGCAAAUAUGACUUUAAGAGUCAGAACAAUGGCAUAUAGAACUAUUGUAUAUUUUGUAUGUCAGAUCAGUCUCAAAUAUAUAACAGUACAGAAUUAUUUAACAUGUAUAUAAUGGUAAGAAGUUAAAAAUAUAUAUGUACAUGUAAGAAACAAAAUGCAAACAAUGCCAAAUCUCCAUUUUGA